UCGAACGGAACGCGUCUCUGAAUCGAGAUAUUUGAUAAAAUAAAAUACGUGAGAAGAAGAGAGAGGAUGAGGGAGUAAGAAAGAGGUCUGCUCGAGUCAAUCAAAAAAGGCAAUAAUAAAUAUGUGUCGAAAGUGAUAAGUAUGUCAACGAGCGUGCCAAUUCUCGUCUGCGAUGAAACGUGAAGAUCUCCGUCAACAAUGUGUGAUGCUAGACUAUCCUCGGUGGUGUACUUCUAUUCGUAAUUUUCAAAUAAAGUUAAACAUAACUUCGAAGAUUUACUCGAACACUGACGUAUUUCUUGCUGAAUAUUCAAGAAACUAGAUAAAGAGGAAUAUUACAAUACGAAAACCAAAGAGUUUCGUGAUAGAGUGUAUUCCUUAUCGAGAUCAAAAGUGUUGAUUCUUCUAUGUUGUAUAAGAUUCUGCGCUUCAAUAGAAUCCUUUCAUUAAUAAUAGGUAAUAAUUUUAAGAAUGCAGAUUAGAAAAUCAAUUAUGUUCAGAAAAGUCAUCUGGUUCGUCACCUUUUUCGUAUUAAUCGAUUCGUCGAGAUCGGAAUUGUUCAACUUCGAAAAUUUCUAUUCUCUCGUUAAGAUAUUUCAUUUCGACGAAUUGGUUUCGACAAAUGCGACGGAUAACGAACUUUGGUAUGGUUUGUUAAAGGACUGUGACAAAAAACUGACGUUUUCGUGUAUUCAAAAAAAUGCUUAUACUUAUUUAAAUGGUACCUUCAAUGAUAGGAACAAUAUUACGGUAUUCAAUGGUUUGACGCUUACGAAAAAUAAUUUAGAUUAUGGCUCGUGUAGGAUAGAAAAUGAUCAGAAGAACAUCGAUGAAAAUCUUGUCGAUGGGUCAAUGAAAGAAGAUUGCAAGUUCAAGGAUGAUGAUGAUGAUGAAAAGCAGACCGAUGAAAAUGAUAUGAAAAGUGAUAGAACAAUGGAUGAACCGCAUAAAUUUCCGUUGGAAGAAAUAACAGAUGCACUUCGACAAAAAGCAAUGAAAUUCUUGGCUACCAGAAAUUACGAGAUUCAACUACCGAAACUUUUCUUCGAAGGAACUAUGAUGAAGAUCAGCCCACGUCAAAUUGACGAUAGCGGUGCACUCGUUAGAUUAGAUUUUAUCCAAGGCGGUGUUAGUACUCAUGGAAGAUUGUUUAAGAAAAUAAAAAAAUUCAUACAAAACAAAUUGCUGUUGAGUUUUCUAGCUCUCAUACUGCUCAUUAAGCUAAUCAAAGUGAAGUUCUUAUUUGUGAUACCCUUCUUAUUUGGAGUAGGUGCUGCAAAGAAACUAUUCUUAAAAUUACUGCUCUUUUUUAUUCCACCGUUCGCACACAUCUUUAAGUUGUGCUCGAGUUUCUAUACGUCUUAUGGAACGAAAUAUCAUCAUCAUCAUCAUCAUCAGAUUGCUCAUCAUCAUCAUCAUGUUCCUGUUCCGGUACCGGUACCGACUUACUACGAUCAUCAUCAUCAUCACCACGCGAAUGACUUUAAUGGUUAUAAUUACGUCCAUCCACACAUCCAAUAUCGCAAAGAUGCGGAGGAAUUAAAAGAGUGGGGUAUCGAGCCAUACGAAGAUUUAUACGAGGAUGUAAAUAGACAUAUUUCUGGUGUUCAACCAGAUGCUGAUGUAUUACCAGUACCAGUCGUUGCUCCAGUUUCAGGAUAUCCUGCAGGAAUGACUUAUAAUGGUCCUUAUGGUCUUUCCCAAUAUGCACCAAACGCCAAAUCUGUUGUUCCACCUUCCUAUCACGACAAGUAUUCUGCUUCGAUUUCAGCUCACGCACACAAUUUGGCCUACUCGGGAUACCUUGAUGAUAAGUAUAAUCGACGUGUCGUUGAACCUAAUGGCAUAGCCAGUACUGUUAAGGCUGUCAAUGUUCUAUCGGCUGGUUCAGUAAAGGCAGCAACAAAGAACAAGAACAUAAGGAAUCCUUAUGGGAUUCUAAAUCAACAGAACGUUAGACAGGUCACGAUACCAAGGAUAACUAAAGCAGUUGCAACUCCGAAUAAUUCUAUCGUUCGAACAUCGACAGCUGCACAAAUUUAUGACGAUGAAUAUUACGGACCAAUAAUGAGUCGUCUCGAAGAGAUUUUUGUUCAGUUGAGAUUUUUUGACGAAUCUUGCCGAGAGAGGCUCGUCUGUAGCAUGUACAAAAAUCCAAUCAUUUAUUCACCUCACAGUAAUCUAGUCUCGAACGAAUUAUCCAGAGAUCCGCAAGAACUCAAACGUGGCACAUUGGAGAGUGCUUCCAGUCAGAAGUUUCAUAAAUAUUUAAAUGCAGCAAGAACAGGUCAAGAUCGAGGCGACUGUGUAUGGAUGUACCCCUGUCACAUAAAUACCGAAUAAAUCCCGUUUAAUUCUUACAGAAGAUUUUUAUGAUGCAUGAAUGCAUCUAGCAGUAAUUAAAUAAUCCGUGCAAGAAAUCAUGCGUGCCUUGCUUCCGUGAAGUGACGUGCUAGUGAAAUGCGUGUUCUUCAGUGUGACUAUUCAAUGUUUUAGCACUAUUGCCAUGAUAAUGUUAAAUGCGAAAAUAUUGAUGUAAAAAUAAUAUAUUUUCUUAAUAUCUGUUGUUACCGAGAGAGAAUCUUUAUAAAUCGAUAAACCUAUUACAUAAAUAAAUUCGAUAAGUCUAAAUAAAUCUAUUAUAUGGUAAUGUCUCGAGGUAUUAAAAAUUUGUCAAUGCUGAUUUUUAUUAAUUUCAUCAUUAAAUGUAUGAAUUAAAAUACUUAGCCUUGACAAGAUAUCGCAUAUGCAUUAAGUAUUACCAGGAUAUA